AUUGUACUUACAAAUAGUAGAGUCAACUCAAAUAUAAUAACUUUCCAUAUCAUGUCAUUUAUUGUCUUAGAUAUCAGGUUAAAAAGUUGUUCUAAAAGACUUUGUUAUUCAAUUUUUUUUACGCUUUCUUAACAAAAUUUUGACGCUUAACUGAAAACACGGUGCAUAUAAAAAUGCAACUGACUUUUUCAAUUGUUUUUCUCUUUUUUCCAACCUUUUUAUGCUUAUCUAUGUCAGGAAAUCUGGAUAAAAGAAAGGUACCAGUUGAAUCUUUUCUUGUCAAUGGUCACAAUGCAACUGAUCUACGGCCAUUCUUUGUCAAUAUUUCAAUUAAUAGCGGAAAUUUAAUUUGCGGUGGAUCUAUUAUUGCGGCUCAUUGGAUAUUAACAGCUGCUCACUGUCUGUCGAAGUUUGAUAUCAGCAGAAUGGUUGUCAUCGUUGGGGACUUCAGAAGCACCAACUCCCCGAAGGAGUAUUUCAAGGUCAAAAAAGUGUUCACGCAUUAUGACUACUUCGGCAGCCCUCCCAAAUGGGAUUAUGACUCUUCACACGACAUUGGACUGAUCAAACUAGACUCUCCCAUUUUGGAACCUUCUGCAGUCAUACCCCUGUGCAAUAGGAAGCCCCCACAGGGUCAACUGCUCGGCAUGUGUGGAGUCGGGUCUACACAUUUAAAACUGCGUCAAAGGGCCGAGGUGCUGCAAGAGACGUUUCUGGUGGAACGACCUUGGUCGAUUUGGGAUUUGAGUCUAACCAACGAAGAAUAUUUCGUGGGUUUGAUACAGGCGCAAAACACAGUUUUGAACAGUUGCACGAGUGGAGGUGAUAGUGGUUCUCCCCUCUACCUAGUCAGCAAAGACGGAUGUGGUCACGCGCAGUGUCUUUACGGUGUCACAACUCACAGAGUAUUUAAACUCAAGAAUCGAAAAGAAGACCCAACCUAUUUGGGCAAUAUGUUUUUCAUCAGUGUGCCAAAGUUCUAUAAAUGGAUCGCUAAAACAGUCAAUGAUAAUUAUAGGACCUAAGAAUUGAAGCUGUUUUUUCCAUGUGGUGUGAUACAAUGACAUUUCCAGUCUUUCGGAGCUGUUUUCAAUAUAUCGGUUGGGCUCUGUAUGUCAUUUGAUCUCAUGUUAAAAUCAAAUGUCAUUCAAAUCUAUCAUUUGUUAUUAGUUUCAAAGUAAAAUCCAAAUUUUUUGAUGUAUGAUCAGAAAAUGGAGGCAAAAUUAUGCGAUAAAUCAAUUCGUUCCAAGUUGUACAAUAAUCCAGUAAUAUAGAAAACUUAUUAUUGAAAGAGCUCCAACUUGAGCCAGCGUAGAAAGUUGUUCAACCUGUUGAAGCGCGCCUGAGAUCUUUUUAAUUUUUUUCGUCUUCUAAAUGUGAUGUACUUUUUCUGACGAAUUUAACUGAACAAGACUGUCCGUAUCAGUGCGAUGUCCUGAAUAUUCCGGCGGGAUUUUUGAACAUUUUUUCCAUUUCCCUAAUAGUAUCUGCUAAAGAAUACACAUCAUUAUAAAUAACCAGAGUAAAU